AUGAGAGACUUCUAUGCAGUGAAUGCAUGUUAAAUAUUAGAUCAAAUACCCAAAUGUUAGAUUUAAAUAUUAUUGAAUCAUAAAUAGAAAACAAUAUAAAAGACAAUCUAUAAAAGAAAAAUUUCAUUUAUAUCUAAGAAAAAGGAACAACUCACUAAAUUAUAUAAUUAUAUCGAUCAAUAGAAAUCUACAUUUAAUAAAACUAUUGAUUCAAUUAAAAUUGAAUUAAAUUAUUAGCUCGAUAGUUUGAUUGCUAAAAAGUAAGCUAAUUAUACAUAUAAUUUUAUUUUGGAAUUGGAUAAUUUUAUUAAUUAAUCGCAAUCUCAUGAAAGGAUUACGAAUUAUUGGUUGAAUCAUUUAUUAAGUCUAAUAAUGCAUCAAUUAAUAAAAUGUAAUUUAUAUUAACCAAAUUCAAUUCAGACUAUAGAAAUUAUAUAACUUAAAUUAAAGAUUCCUUAUGAGAAAUUAUUUAAAUUUAAUCCCCUAAAAUCACUCUCAAACCUAUUAAUUGAAUCUAAUCUAAUUUAUUAUAGUAAAGAUAUUAAAGAAGUUGAUGUUGAAUUAAGAAAUGAAAUCCUUAUUACAUAAUUAUUCUUUGAUGAAUAAAAUAAAAAAUAAGAAUUUUUAGCAUCAUAGGAAUAUUUAACUAAUCACAUUUAUGGAUCAUUAAUAAUAGUUUCUAAUUUCUCAAACGUUAGCAUAAAUGCUUAAAUUUUUAUAGAAAUACCUAAUGGAGCUAUUCCAGUUAAAUCAUUAUUUUAUUCAAAAUCAAUCAAUAUUUCAUGUUAACCCUUAUCAACAGAAAGAUAUUCGUAUUAUUGGUAUUUUCCCAAAGAAGGUACAUUCAGUAUUCAUCCUGCUUGUUUAACUAUUUUAGAUAAAGUAGUUGCUGUUUCUAAACCUUAUUCAUUUAAUGUUGCUAAUGUUAAAGGGAAUCCUAAUUUAGAAGUCAUUGAAGAUAAAUUAGUAACAGGAGAUAAGACUAGUAUUUUAGCAUUUUUAGAAACUAAGAACAUCUUUGAUGAAAAAGUAUUUAAAUCCACUCAAAUAGUGAAUCUUUUUGAAGACAGAGACUUUUAUAUGAAAGUAUUGAAAAUUUAUAGAAAUAAAAAAUUUCAAGAUACUGAAAUUCUUAAGUUUGCAGUUUAUCAUGCAGACUUUGAAGGAUUAAAAGAAUUCUUUGCCUAAAAACAUAUUUUAGAUUAAUUUAAUUCCAUUAAAUAUUUUAAAUGCUCACUUUUUGAAAUUAGCAAUAUUAAAAUGGUAGAAUAUUUUCCAUUAAUUACUAAAAGAGUUCAUAAACUUAAAACUGAUGAAUAAGGAAUUCUUAAUGUAGAAUUAAGAAAAUAAUAUAAAGAUUAUCUAAUGUAUUUAUUGGAGAAACCAAAUCAUUCUAUUUCAGAUAAAUUAGGAUUAUCAUAUUAUCUCUUAUUGUAAGAAAGAAUCACAGAAGCAAUAUAAGUAUUUAAUUCAAUUUAAUUACCUUUAAAUGAUAGUAAUUCUGAAUUGCAAUAUGAUUACUUUUAGGCUUAUUUUGAUUUUUAUGUUGGUUAUCCUAACUUUCAAGAUGCUAGAAGAAUAUGUGAAAAAUAUUUGAAUUAUUCGGUUAUUUAUUGGAGAAAUCUGUUUUAUGAAAUUGCAAACUUAUUGGCAGAAU